AUGGGCAUCCAUAAUAACACAGGCCAUUCGGCACAGGCAUCUCUGCCUCCGGGCCGUACCCUCCGCCAAUCACAUCCUACUAAGUGCUGUAUUGAUAACUAUGAGGAGAUGGUGAAGAUCAUGUUGAAUCGUGGAGCCAGUGUAAACGCCAAGGACAAUGAACUGUGGACGCCGCUACACGCUGCUGCCACCUGUGGACAUGCAGGAUUGGUCAAGGUCCUCAUACAACAUGGAGCGGAUCUGUUAGCGGUGAACUCUGACGGCAACAUGCCCUAUGACCUGUGUGAAGAUGACCCUACCCUGGACAUCAUCGAGACCGCCAUGGCCAACAGAGGCAUCACUCAGGAGAUGAUCAAUGAGACCCGGGCGUCUGUAGAGAGGAGGAUGAUGGGAGAUAUCCAGAAGCUGCUGACGGAGGGAGAGGACGUCAACCACCAUGAUUCACAGGGAGCUACUCUGAUGCAUGUAGCAGAGCUGCUGGUUUCUCACGGUGCCAGUCUCAAUGCCAAGACCUUCCUAGAAGAGACUCCCAUUGACCUGUGUGAGGACGAGGAGUUCCGAGCCAUCCUGCUGGACCUGAAACACAAACACGACAUCAUCAUGAAGUCUCAGCUUAAACACAAGACCUCCCUGUGUAGGAGGACAUCCAGCGCAGGCAGCCGUGGGAAAGUGGUGCGGAGGGCAAGCCUGUCUGACAGACACAACCUUCGUGUGAAGGAAUACGAGACUGAGGCCAUCGUGUGGAGAGGUGGGAGGGAAGGAGGGAGGGAAGGAGGGAGGGAGGAGCAGGAGAAGGAGACGGACCAGGAGAACAGCCAUCCCAUCAACACAACUGUUACUACGGUGAUUCCAGUGAAGCCAGUAGUGGAGAGACCCAAACUACAGAAGACCUUGAAAGAUGCUCCUAGCGGCAUCAUCAAACAAAAUGGCAUCGUCUCCACGACGACGUCCACGCCCACUCCCAGUCAGCUGCCGCCAACCAAUGACGAGCCUCCAUCCCCUGACACGAAGAGCGCGUCAUCCGAUCAGCUCCCAGAGGACUCCUCCUCCUCCUUGCCCAGAGAGCGCUCUCAGACCCUGUCGGAACUGAAAAAGCAGAGGUCGGCCGCCAAGCUCCUCAAUCACCCGCUCCUCAACGGUCACCUAGGAAACGGCUCCACAGAAUCCACCGAACCCCAGAGCCCUGUGGACUCCCGUAUGCCCCUCGUCUCGUCCAAUGGCAGUACAGUAUACUACACCCCGGCAAGCGGUGACCCGCCCAUUCUCAAACUCAAACAGCCAAUAGAUGACGAGGAACCAAAGGAGGGCAGCUGCUGCUGUGUCUCCUAGGGAGGAGGUGGAGGUCACCCCAUGACACUGAUCUAAGGUCAGGCUUACUGUGUUUUCCUCCAAUGGAUUAAGGUUAGGGUUCGGGGAGGGAAAGCUGAUCCUAGAUCUGUGCCUAAGGGAAACUUCUUCCCGGAUAGAGCGUGUCAGAGCAGGAUGGUCUUGUGACUGUGGAGCAGGAAGCAGGAAGAGAUUGCACAGAGGGAGACCAAAAGGUGGAGCUGGUCCAGCCAGGUGAUUGGUUCCUGUCCCUCCCCACUGUUUAACACUCCAGGCCAGGCCAGUAUGGAGCAUACCCUUACUCUGGAAAAUGACCGUCCUGAUAGGACGUGAGGAAUCCAGGCCAGAUGAAUUGUGGAGGAGCCACUGUGAUAGCUUGUGGUUGAUGCAGAGGGCCAGGAGGUGGAACAAGAUGGCCCCUAGCCCCUACGAGAAGGAAGGUCUUGUGCCCUAUAAAGGAAUAGAUGGCCAGGCUCUCCCAUGUUAACCAUAUCUGGUGUCUUACAACUUUUGACUGAAUCACUGUUUUCAAACCACAUUCCUCCUUGUAUCCACUGUUUCUGAAAGUGUAUGGGGGGGAAAACAUUGCAAAGAUCUGCUCCACCAUAUCAGAAUACACUCUCAGUAAUAAUUAGUGUACCUGUGUUGGUCCACUGAGUAGCAAGAGGGAAGGGCCGUCUUUCCUAAGAAGUAUUCUCGUUCAAAUGCUAACUAUUUCAGCAAAGGGAAGGAAUGGUUAAUAACGUAACAGAACAGUAUUACUGACUGUCUAACAUCUAUCUGUUCCUGUGAAGGAUGAAAGGAUUACUGCACUAAAGACAUUUGAAACAAUGCGCCAUUGAACUCUGUCUUCUCUUGCUGACCGUCCGUAUCCAAACUGACAGUGAUCAACGUGGUAGAAAGGGGGGUUCAUAUGCCCCAUGUCUUAUUUGUUCGUAAUUUAAGAAAAAAAUAUUGUUUGAAAAAUGUGUACAGUUUUUGUUGCUGUUUAUUUAUGAAGAUUAAUGUCAUGUAUAAAGGCUAUGGUUAUACAGUGUUUUAAUUCUAUUGGUCUAUCUAUGGAGAGUGAAUGCAUUAGAAUGAGCUGGUACAUUUACAGUAUGUCUAUACUUUCCUGUGAUCCCAGAUCUGGUUGUACUGUCUUGCCAACGUCAUCGGUGUCACUGUCAUGGAGUUGGCACAAACAGAUCUGGGAUCAGGCUAGAAGCACUUCACCUUUUUAGAAUGUAAAUGUCCCCUGUGGAGUCGACAAGGUUAUUAAUCCAGUCAUCUGUAGCUUGUGUUUUAGUCAGGCACUGCAUCUGCUCAUCCUCACCCGUACCUGGCUAGCUUGUAUAAGGGUGCACCAACAUACUAUUGGAAUAUAAGCAUUUCACUACAUUCGCAAAAAACAUCUGCUAAUCAUGUAUAUGUGACCAAUAACAUUUGAUUUGAUAUCUUAUUUGUAUUUGACAUGGUCAGUACAACACACAGUAGAUACAGUGUUGUCUAGGGAACUGAGGAGUGUGUACAGUGUGUUUAAAUCACCAUUGUAUUGUCAUAGACACUGUAACUGUCUCUAACACAAGUGUUCAUUAAUAUGAAAUAAAAUAGUGUAAUGUAUUAAGUAUGAUAUUGAUUCACCCAGCCUCAGACAGUGCUUGAAAAUUAAGAGACUUAAACCCACUACACUAUAACAAUUACACUAGCAGAUAGUCAACUCUUAUCACCACUAACUCAGACAAUGUGUGUGGUAUUGUAGUGUACAAACAUUACGACUACUACAUCUACCAUUCUAGAAUGUGUGUCUGUGUUCUACCUUCUAAACAAUGCUAAACACCUCCACAAUGGUAAACAACUAGUAGCCUGGGUAACGGUCUGUUCCUGCUCUUGUCAACUCCUUAUGGAAUUAUCAGGUCAGGACAAUAAGUUGGUAAGGUAGCAAAAAAACGAUUUGGAACCAGGCCAAAGGAGCAGCUAGUAUAGGAGGAAGUAGUUGAGGCUGAUUCAGUUGUUGUUGUUCUUUAACCUGUGGCUAUAUUAUAGAGUAAGGGCCUACAGUAGUGGCAGACAACUGCUACCCCUCCAGUCUGCAGUAGUAGUAGCACCACAAAACCUCUCCUCUCCCGACGGCAUCCCUAAUGGUCCUAAAUAGUCUUCCAGAGAAGAAGGGACAUGGACUGGGGACGGGGGGAGGGGGCAGGAAAAGGUUUUAACUCACGUAACAGAGACUGUAUCAGGGCCAGACCUUGCGGAGGAAGUCUGGUGUGCGAGACUAGUGUUGUUCCUCGGUUAUCUCAUGUACCCACCGCCAUCUCCCCUGCCCUGCCCUGCCCUGCCUGUGUAUAGUGUCAACAACAUUUAAAUGUACAGUCAAUGUUUUGAUCAACUGUCCAAGAAUUGCAUUAGUUGUCAAUGUUAUUGGUAUUGUUGUGACAUUGUACUCCAGUUAUUCAUACCAUAUGGUCACAAAGCCAAAACUUUUAUCAGAUAUCCUUUAAAUAUGAACUAUGUCAAAAGGCUAGAAGGUUGUAUAACUAGUGGCCAUUGUUGCCGUAAUAAAGUAUUUGCCCCCUUUUUAA